AUGGCCUUGCUUCGACAGGCCUGCUGUCGACCUCCAGCUCGGAGGCACCCCCGAGCUGCGUCAGAAGACAUACGUGCGGCUGCACAGCAGCCGCGCGUGACUGCUCUAGAGCGUGUGCCUGGGAGGCAAGCACGCGCGCUGCAGAAGACGACGAUGGCCGCUGAUGCGGCCGCCGUCUUGACCGCGGCUGACGCGGGUCAACCCGGGCCCACCACCCAGAAGCGCCAGCGCGCGGCUCCCUCUGCUGACGUCGCGCCACAGCUGCAGGCGCUUGUCUCGCUAUUGCAGCAGCAGACGCUUGCUUCACCCUCUGCCACUGCCCCGGUGGCACUGCCGCUAACUAAGGAGCACGGACCGGUGGUGGAGCAGGGACAGGCGGAGGAGGCGGUGAGGGCUGCACUACUGGUACCGGUAGCUGGGUCUGGGACGGCGGUUGUAGCGGGGCGGGAUGGAGACCGGGCCGAGGAAGGUGCAACGGCUGACGCUGCGUCCGCCGGAACGUCUGCUGCUGUCGCGGGCGCAGACAAGUAG